AUGCAGUCCUACACCGUGGCCGAUGUCUUCCUCGAGAGCCUGGCACAGUCUGGCGUCGACUACCUUUUUGCCGUGCUCGGCUCCGACCAUCCCAGCAUCAUCGAGGCGUAUCGACGACGGCAAGAAGAGGGCAAAGCUUGGCCGCAGCUCCUGAUUUUUCUACACGAGUUCGUCGCCCUCUCCGCCGCCGACGGCUUCGCCCGCCUCACCAAGCGCCCGCAAUGCGUCCUCGUCCACGUCGACGUCGGCACCGCCGCCCUCGGCCAAGGCCUGCACAACGCGUCGUCGGGGCGCGCCCCCGUCCUCGUCUUCGCCGGGCAGGCCCCCUUCACGCACCGCGGCGAGCUGCCGGGGUCGCGCACCGAGCACGUGCAGUGGUACCAGGACGUGCCGCACCAGCACGCGCUCGUCGCGCCCUACGCGCGCCUCGCCGCCGAGCUCAAGCACGCCGCCCACGCGGCGCGGCUCGUCCGCCGCGCCCUCGCCCGCGCCGUCGCCGCCAGCCCCGGCCCCGUCUACCUCACCGCCACCCGCGAGGUGCUCGCCAUGCCUGCGCCGGCGCCGCGUCCAAAACACUCCUCAUCCACCCCCUCUAAUUCCUCCACCCCCUCAUCCAUGACGCCCUCCCCCCCCUCCUCCACCCUCGCCGGCGCCCUCCCCCCCACCCCCCUCCGCGCCCUUUCCCUCGCCCUCCUCACCGCCCGAGCACCCCUCGUCAUCACCGGCUACCUCGGCCGCAGCGCCGCCGCCGUCGCCGCCCUCGUGCGCCUGGCCGACUCGAUCCCCGGCCUGCGCGUCUGCGACGCAGAGUUUCGCGAGAUGUCGUUUCCGGCGACGCAUCGGGCGUGCGUGCGCGGCAGGGCGACGGGCAAGGGCGGGGCGAGGGGGGCGAUGGCGGAGGCGGAUGUGGUGGUUUUGGCGGAUGUGGAUGUGCCGUUUGUGCCUGGGAAGGGGAUGGGAUUGCUGGAGGGGAGGAGGAGGAAGAGGGUGUGGCGGGUGGAUUGCGAUGCGGAGAAGGCGGGGAUGGUGGAUCCGGGGGGUUUUGGCUUGUUUGGGGAGGGCGACGACGAGGAGGGGACGACGUGGCAGGCGGAUGUGGGGGCGGUGCUGGAGCAGGUGUGCGACUGGGUGGAGCGGGAGGAGGAGGCGCGGGCGGUGGUCGAGGCGCGGAAGGAGGAGUUUGCCGCGAGGUGGGAGGAGUUGGGGCGGCGGCACGAGGAGGCCGAGGCGGUGCUGAGGGAGAUGGCGGCGCCGAGGGCGGACGGCCGGUUGUCGGCGGCGUUUUUGUUCAGGGCGUUGAGGGAGGGCGUGCCCGAGGAUGCCAUCUGGGUGAGUGAUGUCGUGACGAAUCAGGUCACCUUGAGCGAGCAGUUGGGGUUGGAGGUGCCGGGGACGAAUUUCACGAAGGGGGGCAGCGGGUUGGGGUGGAGCGGGGGCGCGGCGGUGGGGAUCAAGAUCGCGACGGAGCUGUACGAUACGAAGAGGGAGAGGCCCUGUGUGAAUCGGAGGGAGGGCGGUCGCGAUGGCAAGGGGAGGUUCAUCUGCAGCAUUACCGGUGAUGGUGCGUUCGUCUUCGGCGCCCCGUCGGCCGUCUACUGGGCUCAGCACCAGCAUCAGACGCCGUUUUUGACCGUCAUCGUCAACAACGGCGGGUGGAAGGCCACGAGGUCCUGCAUCAACGAUGUGCAUCCGGAUGGGUUGGCGGCGAAGACGUCGGAUCGCGAUCUGGGCAUCGAUUUGCGGGGCAACGGACCUGAUUAUUUGGGUAUUGCAAAGGCUGCCGCCGGAGGAAAUUUGGUCACGGAAAGGGUAGACAAGGUUGAUGAUCUGAAGGGGGUUAUUUCCAAGCUGGUCAAAGUCGUGGAGGAGCAAAGAGUGGGAGCCGUUUUGGAAGCCGUAAUUGUUUAA